AUGGCUCAUCUCUCGUUUGUGCUUGUAACCGUUUAAUAAUGAUGACGAAGAUCAAUCAAUUAGCAUACAAAGCCUCCCCUAAUAAUGUCUCGCGUUUUACACCAUAUCGACCCAGCACCAAGUGGAUAGAAAGUUUUCCGCAGCAAUUCUCGUCGAAACUCCGGUCGAAACCCUCCAAAAAGGAGAGGAACGGCGAAACGGGAACAUUUUAAUGAGCGCCGAAUUUUAUGUGAGCAGUUUUUGAUGUUAUUAUUGCUAUUAUUAUGACUUGUGUUUGCUUCCCUUUCCCGCAAACACGCAUAUUUCAUAACCGGUCGAAAACAAAAACCCCAACGUGGAGCACCCUCGAACCCACCGUACGCCCAAUGAUCCCCAAUGUCGCGAUCCGCCAGGUAGAUGACCGGUCAACCUGUCUGGAAACGAAUGGAAAGACAAACUCGGUACCCAUCCUCAUUAUGUCCGCUGUGCUUGAGUGAGGAUGCUCUUCAGAAUGCAAGCCGACCGACCGUCCGGCAUGGGUCAACUUUCUUCCACCCAACCAGCCUGCGGAGCGGUCUCUUCCGGUGUCCACUAGUUGUGUCAGGCGGCACUGUAACAGCGCAGGUUGUUGAUGUUAUCAUUAUUGUUGUUUGCUGAUGCUGCUGUUGCUGAUGGUGGUCUGGUGCGAAAACGGUACAGGCGGGGAAAUGUUGAACAACACUUCCUCUUUAUGACUCUCUGUUGCAGCAGAAGAGGGAGGAGCGGAAGGUUGUGUGUUUUUUGGUGCAAUUCGUUGUGGCUCCGAAGGAAGGGAUUUAGCAUAAAUAAGCCUUGCCGUUUCCCGAAGAUCCUCAGUCUACGGUAAGGUACGAUCCAGUGCAGACAGCGACAAGCAAGUGCAACAACAACAAAACAGGCUAACGAUCGGGAUUUGAAGUGCAAUUUGGAGGAAGUUCUUGUGAUGCUAAAGCUACCAUAAGUGUCUGUUUGAACGGUACUGUGUGCCUGCAUGUGUAAUCUAUCGAUCUUCAGUGUGCCGUGUAAAGUGGACUCCGAAGUAGUGAGAAUUCAAGCGUGAACCAUCUUCCCUCUUGUGCAGAAUGGCAAACAUGGACAUUAAUGAGUUCCGCGAGUUCGGCCGAGCAGCGAUCGAUUUUGUUGCGGACUAUCUGGAAAAUAUCAGGGAUAGGGAUGUACUACCUUCAGUGGAACCUGGCUAUCUGCAUGAUAUGUUACCGGGAGAGUUGCAGAAUGAGCCGGAAGAUUGGAAAACCAUCAUGGAAGACUUCAAGCGAUGCAUUCUACCGGGAUUAACUCACUGGCAGUCACCGAACUUUCAUGCGUUCUAUCCGUCGCAAACGUCUUACUCGUCGAUCGUGGGCGAAACACUAGCGGCGGGACUGGGUGUUGUGGGAUUCAGUUGGAUCUGCAGUCCCGUCUGUACCGAGCUGGAGGUGAUCAUGAUGAACUGGUUGGGACAGCUGUUAAACCUUCCCAAAUCAUUCCUGAACUGUGACGAAGGUAAUGGAGGUGGCAUCAUCCAAGGUUCGGCGAGUGAGUCCAUUUUCGUUGCGGUGCUGGCAGCCCGCGAACAGGCCGUACGGCGUCUGCGCGUACAACAUCCGGACCUGACGGAAGCGGAAAUUCGUGGACGUUUGGUUGCGUACACAAGCGAUCAGAGUAACAGUGCCGUUGAGAAGGCGGGUAUUCUAGGAGCGAUCAAGAUGCGAUUACUUCCAGCCGAUGAAACUGGCAUCCUGCGUGGAUCUACCUUUAUUCAAGCGGUGGAAGAAGACGUUGCCAAUGGGUUAUUUCCCGUGGUUUGUGUUGCUACGCUUGGUACAACGGGAACUUGCGCUUAUGACAAUCUGGCCGAAAUUGGUCCGUACUGUAACGAGAACAACAUCUGGCUACACAUCGAUGCGGCAUACGCCGGUGCGGCCCUAUGUUUGCCAGAGUACACGCACAUCAUGAAAGGUGCCGAAAGGGCCGAUUCGCUUAACUUUAACCUGCACAAAUGGAUGUUUGUCAACUUUGACUGUUGCGCGAUGUGGUUCAAAGAUGCUGGUUCGGUAACCAAGUCUUUCAGUGUCGAUCGGAUCUACCUGCAGCAUCAGUUCCAGGGACACAGCAAGGCACCGGACUAUCGGCACUGGCAGAUUCAGCUUGGUCGUCGAUUCCGCUCGCUCAAGGUUUGGAUUACGCUGCGUACGAUGGGUGCGGAAAAGAUUCGCGAUCUGAUCCGCUUCCACAUUAAGCUCGCGAAUCGGUUCGAAGAGUACGUACGUACGGACGAUCGGUUUGAGGUUGUCUGCUCCACGCUGGCACUCGUGUGCUUCCGGCUAAAAGGUGACGAUGCACAGUCGAAGCAACUGCUGGACAACAUCACCAAGCGCAAGAAGAUCUUUAUGAUACCGGCCACGUAUCAGGGGAAAUUUAUUAUCCGUUUCAUGAUCUGCGGUAUCGAUCCACAGAUGCACGACAUCGAGUACGCUUGGGAUGAGGUACGAACGCAAACUGAUCUGCUGUUCGGUGUGGAUCAGAAUCGUAAUCAGCUCGAGCAUGAAAGCAAAAAAGCAACGGUGGAACCGAAACAGUACGAGAAGAGUUCCGAAAUUGGCAAGAUCACGGAAAGUUUAAGCGGUAUUAUGAUUUCGAAUGAAAAGGGCCAAUAAGGAACCUUUGACCUGUAGCAGUUAAGUGUUCCUUUCCCGCUUUUUUUUAGCUGACAUUGGUGAAAAUGAUUGUGGUUGGUAAAUGCACCAGACAUUGUAAUAUAAGAACAUGAUAACACACUGAAACAUUCGCACCUUUCAUAAAAUAUAAAUAAAGCUCGUUUCUUAUGCACAUAGCCAUUAAAAAGAAAAAUACUUGCUCAACACUUUCACCCGGUAGCAAAACUGUGCUUAGAGCAGGCGACACAUUUCCCACUAGCUUCACAUUAGUAAACCGCCCCAAAAGUCUGUACGUUGCGUUUGUUUAUUUAUGUGUCAUGCUUGUUUGGGGGUUGAUUCGUCGCAAUGAGCAACAAUCUAGUAGUGCGCUACUAGGGCAUGAAAAAAAAAUAUGUCCGUUUGUCAACGAAACAGCGCAACAGUAAACAACUUCCUGCGAAAGAAACGUCAAGUGGAUCCAUUUCUUCGAGAGGUUCAUCCACUCUCGUUCCUGCUUUCUCUCUCUACGGUAAUGUGAUAUAAUAAAUAAUAAAACCAUCCAUCGAGUCGAAACAAUCCAGCCAAAAGUUUGGCCCUCCUCAUCGGUCUUGGAGUAUAAUUUGUUCGUCCUUUUCUUCACCUUUCUUCCUAUAACCGACUGAACGGAUGGAAUGGAGCAGCUAAGAAGUCACCCUUGCAACAGCAGCAGAGAAACAAAAACGAAGCAAAAAACACAGUUCGUUGUGAUGGUGUGUAUUGGUGGCUAAAUGGUGUCUCAUUUAUUUUCACCUCAGCACUAGCCCUAGUACUUGUUUGCCACCGGUGCUAGAAAAGAACAAGAGGAACGUGAAAGGAAAAUCAAACUUUCGCCAACUGUGAAGGUACGGAAAAACUUGCAAAUCACCCGUACAUUUAUCAUCCGUUCUGCUAGUCCGGCUAUAAUUCUCGGAGGGAUUCGAAAGUGGCCGUAAGCGGCCAUUUUUUCAUUUCCUAAAAAAUGAAGGUUUCGUCGUUGAUGCAAGCUUACCAGUGUGUGGGAAC